UCUACACGCUCUACUUUGCUCCACUACUUUGCUCCAUAUUUAAUUUAGACAUCCAUUCAAGUGGCUUUCCCAACAAGUCUCAAGGCAUUUCCAAGAUCCUUGUUUUACAGAUCUACUAAUUCAAAGUUCAACCGAUAAUAAUUCCAAGUCUCUCAGUUUGACAGGUUGCUGGCCGGCUUCGGAGAAUAUUGUGGCUGGGAAAGCUGGAGGUUGAUGAUGGGUUUCCCGUCAGCUCGCCGGGAAGCAACGAGACUGUGUAAUGAGUUGCAGGACUACGCCGGGAAAGUGCUCGAAAUGGGCCGGUCUGAUCGGAGGAAAGUCAUCUUCGCCGCCAAGAUGGGGCUGGCGCUAGCCGUUGUGUCCCUCCUCCUAUUCUGGGUGGAUUUGUUCCCUGAACUUUCACAGUAUGCCAUCUGGGCAAUCCUCACCGUUGUCGUCAUGUUCGAGUUCAGCAUAGGAGCAACUUUAAUCAAAGGAUUUAAUCGCGGGUUGGGGACAAUUUUUGCGGGAGCCAUCGCCUUUGGCUUUGCAAAGCUAGCUACACUCUCUGGUCCCUGGGAAAAAGUCGUAAUUGUAGCUAGCAUUUUCAUAAUCGGGUUAGUUGCAGCCUAUUUGAAGCUGUACCCGACAAUGUUGCCGUACGAAUACGGGUUUCGGGUUUUCGUGAUGACGUAUUGUAUCCUCAUGGUGGCCGGAAAUAGGAGUAGAGAUUACACAGAGGCAAUAGUCACCAGGCUGGUGCUUAUAGCUGUAGGUGCCGGCGUUUGCUUCUUAGUCAAUACUUGCAUCUAUCCCAUUUGGGCCGGCGAUGAUCUGCACAGGCUGGUGGUCAGAAACUUCAGGGAUGCUGCCGCUUCCUUGGAGGGCUGUGUUAACGGGUACCUGAAUUGCUUUGAAUAUCCUUCAAGAUCAAGAAUAGUCACUUACGAAGCAUUUGAUCAUGAUCCCCUUCACACUGCUUACAAAUCAGUUUUAGAGUCUACAAACCGCGAGCAGACUUUGCUGGGUUUUGCAAUUUGGGAGCCCCCCCAUGGCCGAUACAAAGUGUUCAACUAUCCAUGGAGAAACUAUGUGAAGCUAAGCGGAGCUUUGAGGCACUGUGUCUUCAUGGUUAUGGCACUUCAUGGAUGCAUUCUUUCAGAAAUACAGGCUCCACCCGAGCAGAGAUGGGUGUUUGCGAGCGAACUAGAAAGAGUUGGUGUAGAAGGCGCCAGAGUCCUACGAGAGCUGGGAGACAAAGUGGAGAAGAUGGAGAAACUAAGCCCUCUAGACAUUCUUCAAGACGUGCACGAAGCAGCGCAACAGUUGCAGAAGAGAAUAAUCGACCAAAAAUCGCAGCUCCUGAUGAGCUCAUCCUCGUCAGAGAAGCAGCAGCCAAAGGAGCUCGAAGAUUCCCAGAAAUUAUGCCGUGGAGAGGACGAAGACAAGAGGGAAACUGUGGUCGACGUCGACUCCUCGGCAAAAAGCGAAGCUUCCGCGCAGCUGUGGUCGUCGUUUAUUGCCGGGGCGACAAAGGUGGAAGAAGAUGAAUUAAAGAAGUGGGGGUGUCAUCAGAGCGCCAGCGCUUUGUCUUUGGCAACCUUCGCUUCGCUUUUGAUUGAAUUUGUCGCCAGGCUUCAGCACGUUGUCCGCUCCUUUCAAGAGCUUAGCGACAAAGCCAACUUCAAGAAUCCAUAAUUCAAAGAGGACCCUACUAUACGUACCCUCUGUCUCUGUUCAAUUACCCUUUAACCUAACCUAAGCACUGGUUUUGCUACGUAAAUCAAACCCAUACGAUUCAAAUUCAUUCUUUUGGACUCCCCCCUCUAAAAAACAUAUAACUCGUCACUUCGAAAGUUGUAAGAGCAUCGUAUUUUUCGACAAUCUUUGUUUCCUUUUCUCAAAGUGAAUACUAACAAUGCUAGCUACUAGUUUAUAUACAAAACUUUUCACUUUGUGAGGAUUGAAAAGUAUGUGCC